AUGGCCGACCCCUCCGUCCCUCCGACGCAUUCCUGGACCCCCGCCCAGACGGUCGACCUCGUCGAGUAUAUCCUUAAACAACCCACACUCGCCAAAGCCUUCCUCGCUCCAAAAUCCACCCCGGUACAACUGCGGAAUCUGUAUCAGAAGAAGCUAUGUCUUCAGCUGUUGCAAAAGACGGAAUGGAUGGACUGGAUGCGGAAGGCCAAGUGGGUCGUUCUGGGCGAGAAGGGGCUAAGACCGACGGAUGACUGGGGGGAGGCUAAUCCCGUCGCGGAGCGCUUGGAGUGGCUGCAGUAUCAACACAUCAGACUGUGCUCGCGAUUAUCGAACUAUGAGAGUGUCGGGGCGAUGGAGAAGGACAGCCGAGAGCGCAAACUAUGGGAUGACUACCGAUCAAAAGGACAGCACGACUGGUAUUUCGCCUAUCACAAACUAUGGAUGCAAAACUCCCCAGCGGCCAUCAAGGCCCGAGACGCCGCCAAGCACCCACUCGCCCAGGCCGCUCUUGCCUCUGCAUCGCUCAGAAGUCGGAUUGGCGCAGGUGGGGUCUCGGGCGAGUUGGCUAGGCGGAUUGGGCAGUCCCGGGCGGAAGGCGCAGACGGGGAUGAUGAGGAGGAUAUUGUGGAGGUGGACGAGAUGCCAAAGGGCUUGGCGGGGGCUAGUCGGCUGGCUGGACGGAUAGGGAGUAAGGCGAGUGCGUCGCCUCGGCCCACAGCACCGGCGGCGGUGCCAGCGGCGGAAGCUGUCCCGGAUGCGAAUGGGGCGGGACCGUCCAGGCUUACGAUAGGGAGCACCCGGCCGCUCCCUGUGGUACCUGCGACUGCCUAUCUCCCUUCGCCCGCUACCUCGGCUGCGGGAGGGCAGGGUGGAUCCGGAGGUGCCCCCCUCGGCCGGACAGGUAGCGCUUCGAAACUCGGAAAGCGGAUUGGUAAUGCGUCUACGCCAGCAGAGCAGGUCCCGCUCAAACGCUCAAGGGUCGCUGCUGUCCCACCAGAGUUCACGCGGCAGGGCAGCAACUCUCAAAUGAAUCCCAUCUCGAUCGAUUCGGAUGACGACGAAGAGGAGGAUGUGAACGUGGACGAGCGGCACGAGGACGAACCUCGGUAUCCCCGCCACAGAGUCUCUCAGUCCCGUCCCCGCUCGUCCGGUCCUUCCACCGCCGGCCCGUCUCGCUCUCGUCCGCGUUUAAAUCGCCCUCCACCAUCCCAAUCCUCGCGCGACCCAUCGGUCAACCCAAUUUAUACCAGUACCGGUAUGCCCACACCGUCACCCGACCUGACACCUCCUCUGGACGAGACGGACCUCGCCCGGAUUCUUGAACCGCGGAAACAUGCCAGAGAUAUGGCUAUUCAAAAACGGCUCGCCCCGAUCGCACGCCCCGUCCAAGAUCCGCGAGCAAGACAAGCUAGCUCGUCUUCCCUGUCUGACGGGCCUAGCUCGGAUGAAGACGAGGUACGCCAGGUCCCUCAAGACCAUUAUGGCGGUCUACUGCUAGAUCAGUCCGGUCCCACGCUGUCUUUCAGUAUGACUGGGAAUACGUCUCCGAUCAAGAGGCAACAGCGGAGGUUGAGCGUGGAGGCAGCGAGACCGCCCACGCCGCCUCUGCCAGCGGCGAAGAGGAGACGGACUGUACUUGAUCAAGCGCGCUCGCAGAGAAAGGACGAGGAGAUGGGCGAUGUGGGUGAGAGUAGCGGAGGAGCGAAGCAUGGUCUUCGUCCAGCGACGCCACCACUGGCUGAUCUGCCCCGGGGGCGUCAACAGACUUCCUCGUCGACUGCGAGACGGCCUCUUACGCCGCCGCUACCAUCGUCAUCCACCUCCAGUGCGCAAAUAGCCCCAGCUCCGAUAUCCAAGUCAAAGGGCAAAUCUGCAGUAUCGCGAUCCCGGUCACCAGGCUUUGCAGUCGUCAUCCCCCUCCGCCGACCUUGUAGCUCGCAGGUCAAAGUCACACAGGAUCGACCCCUUACUCCUCCCCUCCCACCACCGCAAGUGGCAGUCCCGGUCAAAAAUGCUCGUCGGGAGACAGCACCGGUCGAGGCUGCAUCGCCGUUGGAGGAUGAAGACGACUCGGACGGGGCAUUCUGUGUGGAUGGACUAGAGGUGGAUGAGGAGGACUUCCUUUCUGCCCUAGGGGGCGUGAUUGGGAUGAGUCCGUAG